AUGGAUAAUGAGGUAUCCAGUUCUCGUAAGAAAAAGAAUGACAAGGUUGAUUCGUCAAAACAUAGGCGAAUUUGGAGCUCACGUGAAGAGGAUGCUCUAAUUUCAGCAUUGGUGUCCAUUGUUAAUGAAGGAAUGAAAGUUGAUAAUGCUUUUAAGGCGGGCUAUCUUGCUAGACUGGAAACUAAAUUGGCGGAUAUAUUACCUAGGACAGAUUUACGUGGUUGUCCCCAUAUUGAAUCAAAAAUUAAAUUAUGGAAGAAGCACUAUAAUUCUGUGUCCGGUAUGCUUGCUACUAGUGGGUUUGGAUGGAAUGACACUGAAAAAAGAAUCGAUGUGGAGAGUGAUAGUGUAUGGGAGGCAUAUGUUCGGAGGGACACCGAUGCAAAACACUUGAGAAACAAAAUUUUCCCAUAUUUCGAUGAAUGGAUCCAAAUAUGUGGUAAGGACCGAGCUACAGGGGAGUUUGAUGAAGGGCCUGUUGAUGCAAUUAAGGCUAUGAAUGCUGAGGAAGAUGUGUUGUUGCAUGGCCUUGCAGAUAAUGACACUUUUUUGGAACAAAUGGGAUUAAAUAGUCAGACUGGUGAAGCAAUGGACUAUUCAAACUUAGCAACUCAACGGCCUUCUGAUGGUUCUACCAAAAAGAAAGACAAGAAAAGACCUAGAGCCAAUGAUGAAGUAGUUGUCCUUACUACAAUAUAA